UAUUGAUAAUUCAUCCCCUCAUAAGAUGUACUCUUGAGUUGAAUGUUAAUGCUCGGUGGUGUGACUCACAAUAAAACAGACUCACGUGGGUCUACUUGUGAAUAUAGACAGCAUAAACAAAAAAGAUGCUCGGAGUUUAAACAGAAGUUGCAAUGAUGAAUAUUCAUCCAAUGACAGCUACGUAUCAAAAAUGCGUCACGGUCAACUGCUAGUUACCUCAUGUUGUGGCAAACGAUGGAAACUAACAAAAUAUUUAUUCAAGGAGACAUAUUCGGAACAUGUCUGUGGAUUAUUGCAAAUUUGCACCCAACUCCUGGGCCCAUGCCAAAUAAGUGUUUUGUUCCUAUGAAGAACACGGGCAGAGCGAGGUGCUGCUACGCUUUAAGUUGAGCAUCUAAAAAAAAAGGGGGCGGGAGAGUACACAAGGGAGCCCCCGCGACAGGUGUAUCUACAGUAUUAUAUUUUCACUUGUGCAGGCAGCACUUCAUCACAAAGUUGCUGAACUGCAGGCACUCAAGUACAAUAUGCAGCUUAUCAGAAGCUAAUGCUCAGAAAACUCAUUGAAACGACUUUCUCGACACGUGUGCAAGUUGUCGCGAUGUCAUUAGUGUCUUCAGAGUCCACGAUACACUACGGCCAAUCGUCAUUUGCAAAAGUACCUACUUAUCUGCAUAUUUUUGUGAUUUCUUUCAGGCCCUCAUAGCACGCUAGCACCCUGCUCCUUGUUAGCGCAGCAGCUAGCGUUGGUUACCGACCGAUAGCUGGCUGGCUUGACAGCACACAGCAGCGCUGAUGGAAGAUUCCAGCGGAGAUUUGACAGGUAAGCAGGGUGCACAGAAAGGUCCGGAUCGCUAUUGGCACUGAAGGCAUUUGGAAAGUUCUCGAAAUUUUUUUUUUGUGUUUUUUUGUUUUGUGAGAAACCAACAGACAAGUCACUUCCACUGCAUGCAAGACAUUUCGAAAUGCUCAUCUUAACCCUUUCAUGCACCGCGUAACCGGAUAACAUGAUAACCUGUCCACUGUAGUGACCGCCGUCCCUGAAAGGGUUUAAAGUCCCUUUCAUUCCUCCUACUUGAUGCAAUAAACAUCCUCUUCAUAGUGUCCAUGCGGAACUGUUGCGCCGCAUCAUCAAGCGUGCGCGUCGGCUGCUCUCUGAGUGCUUCAAGGGGCCACCAGCAGGGUGCAGACGUGAGCUACUGUGCACAAUAAUAGGAAGGAGCUUUAAAAUAAAUAAUUAUAAAAUAAACUCUGGUCUUUUAUGGAAGGGGGUGGUGGGGGGGGGGGGGUAGAAGAGGCUGCUUAAUGAUAUUGAUGUCAUGGGAACAACACGGGUUUGAUCGCCCCCUCCCUCCCAAACUAAAAACGAAGGCGUGCGUUAACGCGAGUGAGGAGCGAGUGAGCGAGCGAGCUCACACCGCCGACUGCGCGCGCUUCCACAGAUGCCUCGGCGGCGCGAAAGCGCGGAUGUGUUUCGCACCUCCUCCUUUGACUUUUUUUUUGGGGGGGGUUGUUUUGCUCUCCCCCCGCUAAGUGGCAACAAUCCCACCGGCACCGCCGGAGGAAGGAUGAUGACCGUGAUGAGCUUAUUGGGCGGAUCAGCUGUUCGGUGGUGGACGGAUGAGAUGCGCACUUGACCGGCAUCACUUGGUCACUCUCUUUCUUUCCUUUCCUUUUUUUUUUCUUCCCCCCUUUGGGUGAGUGCGCGCGUCCACUCUCUCAUUUGGAAGGACGCCAGCCUCACCGGAACCUCGCAAGUUGGCGCCGAUGAAUUCUGACAUUGUCAAGUAUCAACUAAUCGAUCCUCAAAAGAGAAAGAAGGAGAAAGAAAAGUGUGGGAGGGGAGGGGGGGCACUUGGAAUUUUAAUGAUCCCUCCUUAUGAAUAUGCAAUUCGGCGCGUUUGACUCGGCUCGGUCCAGCUUCACGCCUCUCUUUCGUUUUUUAAGCAGCAGGAGCUGCAGCAGGUACUGAUUCUUGCCGAUUUCCUCUUUUUUUUUCCUUCUUCUUCUUUUUUUUUUUGUCCAUGCAAGACUUGCAGUGGAAACAUGUCUGGCCACUUCCCUGAGAGGACCCCCGUUGUCAGAGAUGGCAUUCUGGUCCGGCACUGUCGCCUCUAAAGUGCCCCGGAAGAUCUUGUUCAUGUUCACCCUCUCCCUGUCCGUCACCUAUUUGUUCUACAGCUUGAUGAGCUGUUACAACUCGCUGCAGUUCCCACUGCAGGACAACUUCGCCUACCAGGCUCGGUCGGCCGGCACCGAGGAAACCACUCUGGUGAGGGACCAACUUUACUCCACCUCGGCCGGCUUCGCCGAGGCUCAGUUCGUCCGCAGGAGCACGGCGGUCUCCAUCGUGGACCGGGAGGAGGGCGGGGAUCAUGCCUGGACCGGGACGCAGCGGGCGUCCGCCACCGAGUCGACUGCCCUGCGGGCGGUCACGGAGGGCGACCUGCAGGUCAACUGCACCUCGGAUUACGGAGAGAAGAAGCUGCCGCAAGCCAUCAUUAUCGGGGUGAAGAAAGGGGGAACACGAGCCUUGCUGGAGGCGCUCAGGGUGCAUCCGGACGUCCGGGCCGUCGGCAACGAGCCGCACUUCUUCGAUAGGAACUACGAAAAGGGUCUGGACUGGUAUCGAGACCUGAUGCCUUCAACGCUGGAGGGGCAGAUCACCAUGGAGAAGACCCCCAGUUACUUUGUGACCAACCAAGCUCCCAAGCGCAUCCACACCAUGGCCAGGGACAUCAAACUUAUUAUCGUGGUGCGUAAUCCCGUCACCAGAGCCAUUUCGGACUACACGCAAACUCUGUCCAAGAAACCCGAGAUCCCCACCUUUGAGGUUCUCGCCUUCAAAAACCGAACCCUGGGGCUCAUAGAUGCUUCGUGGAGCGCUCUGCGCAUCGGAAUAUACGCGCUGCACCUAGAGAGCUGGAUGCAGUACUUCCCUCUUUCUCAAAUGCACUUUGUCAGCGGCGAGAGGCUCAUCGUAGACCCCGCGGGCGAGAUGGCCAAAGUCCAGGACUUUUUGGGGCUCAAGAGGAUCGUCACAGACAAACACUUUUACUUCAACAAGACGAAAGGUUUCCCUUGUCUGAAGAAGCCCGAGGAUAGCAGCACUCCCCGCUGUCUGGGCAAGUCCAAAGGGAGAACUCACCCCAAAAUCGAGCCGGACGUCAUUCGGCGACUGCACAAGUUCUACAAGCCCUUUAAUAUGAUGUUCUACCAAAUGUCAGGCCAGAACUUUGAAUGGGAGCAACAGGAAGAGAGCAUAUCUCGAGGGUCUCUGGUCUAGCAGGACCUGUCACCGCAAGCCUUCUCGAUGAAAUAAAAACACUCCUCUUCUGUUCUGUGUUCAGAGGGCAUGCUAAGACACAAUCACGGCACUUUCCGUCCCCCCCACCCCCCCCUCUCUUCAAAACUAAUGUUGCCGAUGAUGGCAGAUAACUAUUGUACAUACCAAAACAUCAAAUAUAUUUAUAUUUGUGAAAAAGAGAUGCUCUUUUUGUUUGUUUUCAAAGCAUAAUGUUGAUUUUAUUUUCUUUAUAACUCACAGAAGUAUGUGACGUCAUGACAUGGUGGUGACACUGGCUAACCCGCAAAAAAAAAAAAUGUUUAUCGUUAUAAUAAAAUGACUACUGCCAACCUCUGAAAUGACAAGGCAACACAAUUUAACCGUGCUGUUAUUUUCAACGAGUCCCACUUCUGACCCGAUCGUCAAAAUGGGAGUGGUAAUAUUUCUGUCAAUUCAAGAAGCCAUUAGACUUUGAGCGAUGGUGUCCGUCUGCCAGCUGUAUGACGGGAGCCGAAGGCAAACGUCAAACAGGCAAGUUAAAUGUUCCAUAAACUUCAGGGAUUAUUGCUGAUGUCCAUAUAUCAGCUAGAGAACCAUAUUGAUUUUGAAAAGCACCAGUAUUGUGGUCCACAGGUCUUAAGUCACUCUUUGACUCAACGUAUUUAUUUCAAAUUAUAUGCAACAGAGAUAGGUAAGGUCAAAUAUUAUAUUUAUUUUUUUGGUCAACUUGACAACAUAUGAUUGAAAUGUUACAUUUGCAAGCACUAAGUCCUAUUAUUGCUCAUUUCUGAAUGAGAAUGUAAUUUCACUGCACAUUUGCCGAUAUCAGAUAUUUGCAGUAUGCUAAUGGUUAAAUGGAAAGCUUUCGUGGUUUCCAAAGCGUGACAUUUCAAAACCUCAUCAGCUGGCCCGCUAGCCCUGUGAGGAUGAAUGGGAACUACUAUUGGUCAAAGAAAUGUUCGCUCAUGGAACAAAUAGAACAAUUGUGCUUGUAAAUGGAAGUCAACGCUUCUGAGAAUGUUUUUUUUUUGCCGGCCUCCCCAUCACUGGCUAAUGGUGACGAUUACAAUGCUUGCUGAUGAGUUCUUAAAGUGUCCUUACCUCUCACUUUUAUUCCUUAGCACCCAAAACCAGAACUGUCCAUGUGUUCUUCCUUUGGGAGGAAAAAAAAAUACAAUUAUUAGUUGUAUGAUGAGGAAACACUCUCCUUUGCACACACAACAACCUUGUUGUUUACCAAUGCGUUAAUGUGCUCACUAUUCCCGCCGCGUCGCACUCAUUAGCAGCGCCCAUAUUGAAUAAGAGCACUGACGUAUCAUGAGCAUUAGCCGAUAAUUGGAGUCUCUCUGCGUGGUUGACAUUAGCAUACUGAUGACCGCGUGCGGCAAAGAUGUGUUGAUGCCGCAGCAUUGCGCGCUAAAUUGCUAACUGCUAAUUCUCCUCCGUGGUAGCUGGGAGAUGCGAAUAAUGACAAGAACGCAGGCAGAUUCAUCGCAGUGGCUCAUUGCAAGCCGCAGCUGCCAUGAAAAUAUGCCCCCUGUUGGCUGUGAUUAGCAUGGCAAAGACAUUUUUCGUUCCUGAAAUAUCCACAGCAAUUUUAGUCCCUAAU